AUGGUCAAUGAUGCUUGGCUGGAGUCCAUGCCUGUGACUACUCUUAAUCACCUGGCUUCUACUGGAUCAGAUCACUGUUCUCUUCUGCUGGAAUGUAUUGAAAGACAAAGUAAUAUUAUCAAGUAUUUCAAAUUCUUGAACUGCUGGGUAGAAAAUGACAAUUUCCUUGCCACUGUUAAAGUUUGCUGGGAAAGACUUGUAGAUGGAAAUCCUAUGAGAACCUUUUAUCAAAAGUUGAAAAUAGUUUCUAAUACUCUUAGCAAUUGGUCCAGAAAUCAGUAUGGUGAUAUAUUUGCUUCAGUUAAACAAUAUGAGGAACAAGUGAGACAAGCUGAAGAGGAUAUCAUCAAUGACAACUCUGAAGAGAAUAGGGCCAAACUAAAUCAGAUAAAUGCCCAUUAUAUCAGAUACUUGAAGAUGGAGCAAGCUAUUUUGAAACAAAAAAUAUACCUGCACUGGUUUAAAUAUGGGGAUGCCAACACCAAGUAUUUCUAUGCCAUUAUCAUAGGGAGAAGAAGGAAGUUAUUUAUCCAUCAAAUCAGUAAUGAAUAUGGUAACUUAAUUCAGGGUGAUAAUAAUAUUGCAAAAAUAGCCUGUGCACACUUUGAGAACAUCUUUACCAUUGAGGAGAAACAAAUUAAUGAAGAUAUGCUUAAAUGUAUCCCCAAGUUGGUUGAUGAUCAACAGAAUGAACUAUUACAUUCCUUACCUACCAAGGAUGAGUUGAAGGAAGUAGUAUUUUCUAUGAGUCCUACUUCAGCUGCAGGGCCAGAUGGCAUGAGUGGCAAGUUCUUUCACUCAUGUUAG